AUGGAAAACUAGACACAGUAGCCCUCAACAAUGGCGACCGCUAUUCUUCUCUGGAUUCCUAUAGCUGCGAUCUCCACGAUUCUGGCCUUAAUUCUAAAACUAGCAUCGACCAUCUUCAGUUGCCGGAGAUAUAGAAAGAAGGCCAUCGGAUUUUUCCACCCUUUCACCAACGACGGCGGCGGAGGAGAGAGAGUUCUCUGGUGUGCCGUCAAAGCUAUCCAAGAAGAGUACCCCGAUCUGGACUGCGUUAUUUACACUGGAGACUAUCGUGAUGCCUCUCCUGAAAGCCUCGCUGAUAGAGCUCUCAAACGAUUUGGUGUCCAAUUACUCCACCCCCUUAAGGUGGUGCAUCUCUACAAGAGGAAGUGGGUUGAUGAAGCAACCUAUCCACGGUUCACUAUGAUUGGACAAAGUCUUGGUUCAGUUUACCUCUCAUGGGAAGCUUUAUGCAAGUUUACUCCUUUGUAUUAUUUUGAUACCUGUGGCUAUGCCUUUACUUAUCCAGUUGCCAGGGUAUUUGGAUGUAAAGUGAUUUGCUAUACACAUUAUCCAACUAUCAGUUUGGACAUGCUAUCUCGUGUUCAUGGACGGAAUUCUAUGUACAAUAAUGACACACUGAUUGCUAAGAGUUCCUUUCUAUCCCAUUGCAAAGUCAUAUACUACAUGCUUUUUAGCUGGAUGUAUGGCAUUGUUGGCUCAUAUGCACACCUUGCAAUGGUGAAUUCUUCAUGGACAAAGUCUCAUAUUGAAAAGCUUUGGGGAAUUCCAGAUCGCAUUCGGCGUGUUUACCCUCCUUGUGACACUUCAGGGCUUCAGGCACUUCCAUUGGAGAGGCCUAUGACACCACCCAAGAUUAUUUCUGUGUCUCAAUUUCGGCCAGAGAAGGCACAUCCUAUUCAGCUGGAGGCAUUUGCUGUUGCCAUUACAAAGUUGGAUUUAAAUCUUCCAAGGCCCAAACUUCAGCUUGUGGGUAGUUGUAGAAAUGAAGCAGAUGAGAGAAGGUUGCAAGAGUUGCAGGACCUAGCUGUUGAAUUAAAGGUGGCAGAUGAUGUGGAGUUUCAUAAGAAUGUGAUGUAUAGUGAUUUGGUUAAGCUUUUGGGUGGUGCGGUUGCAGGAAUUCAUUCCAUGAUAGAUGAGCAUUUUGGAAUAUGUGUUGUGGAGUACAUGGCCGCUGGGGCAGUACCAAUAGCCCAUAAUUCGGCUGGCCCCAAGAUGGAUAUUGUGUCAGCAGAAGAUGGGGAACAAACUGGAUUCCUUGCCGAAAAUGUGCAAGAAUAUGCAGAGGCCAUUUUCAAGGUCAUUGUGAUGCCUGAAUCCAAGAGAUGUGUCAUGGCAGCAGCUGCAAGGAGAAGGGCCUCAAGGUUCUCAGAGGAUAGAUUUUUCGAGGACUUUAGAGCUGCUAUCAGACCUAUCUUAUGCCAAACUUCAAGAUGAUACAAAUACAAUUUUGUUAAUGGAUGCCUAUUACCCGUUUAGUUUAGUGUUCAAAUGAGAAAUGUAUGAAAAUCGUCUUGGGCUAAUGUACUCUUUCCCUUCUUCCCUCCCUAACAUUAACACAGAGAUUUGACACAUCAUUUAUGUCCCUGAUGGAAAAUUUUAGAAGGGAAUUUUUGUUAGGACUUGAUGCUGAGCAAUUGUAGAAAAUUGUAUACAUGGAAUUUGAGUGGUUGGAUCAUUUUGUCGUGGUU